AUGGCAGAACACAAAUACCACUUCGAGAUCAAGAUGACCUGCGGCGGCUGCUCUGGUGCUGUGGACAGAGUGCUCAAGAAGCUGGAUGGCGUCAAAUCCUACGAAGUAUCCCUCGAGAACCAGACCGCCGAUGUCGUGACGGAGGGUGACAGUCUGAGCUACGACGCUGUGUUGGAGAAGAUCAAGAAGACGGGCAAGGAGGUGAAGAGUGCACGGGCGGAUGGGAUCGCGCAGGCGGUGUGA